AUGAUGCUCGAUAUCUCGGAAGGCUCUAAACUUUCUACUUCACCGAUAUCUGAGAACUUUUCUAGGCUUGAUCCUCAAGUGGAAGAUGAAAACGUUAACAUCCGUUUUGCUAAAGUUCUAAAAGAUUUCAGGCUCAAUUUCGGUGAGCAAGAUGUGAGCGAUAUCGUACGUGAUUUCAAAGCAUGCUCAGCACAAGAACUCCUCAAGGCAUAUGAACAAAGUUCGGACACGCGAAUAAUUGAGAACUGGAUAUUAGAAAGCCAGUUCUGGAAUUUAAUCGAGGUUCUUGAAAAGAAAUUUACCAAGGAGUCUCAACAAGUUUUGUUUCCUGCUAGCAAUGGGGGCGCAAUAAGUAAAUACACAUCAGGAACACUUCUUUCUGAUAAAAUAUUGACUGAACAUCCUCAUCUGUCUCAACUUUACUCCAUUAUCCAAUGGUUAUCCGAAAGUUUGAAGUUUAACUUGAUUGAUCGCGAUGAUAUGCCUGAAAGCAGUUCUCUACCGGCUACAAAAUGGUUGGCGACCAAAAUGAAAUUACAAACGGGUAAAUACAAUGGUAUAAGCCCCAAAUUUCUAGACGAUGAUUCCUUUUUGCGACUCCACUCUUCUAAAGGACUAGAUUCAAUUGACAAAGACAACGAAGACAUUUUUUUCAGAAUCGUGUAUCACUUGUUGCUUCAAAAUGAGCCAGAAAAGAUUUCAGAGUUAUGCGAAAACACAAACAAUUGGACUUUCAUAUUAAUACUCACCGGUGUGCAGAAACAUUUUGACCCUCGUGUUGAUUUAGAUGACUAUAAUUCAAAGCCUUUAGGAAUUAUACAUUCGACCGCUUGGAGGCAAACAAUUUACAAGCUGACAAAGAGUGAAGCUUUAAACCCAAAUGAGAAGGCGUGUUAUGGGUUCCUAUGUGGUGAUGUGAGCUCUUGUGAAUCUCAAGCAAACUCAUGGGAGGCAAAAUUGCUGAUCUAUUUGAAUAAUAUGUUUCAAUAUGAGCUCGAGGAACAUAUGGCACUGGAAACAAAGCAUCUUAUGAAGUCUAAUGCUCAGAAUCUGCAAUGUGUAUCUUCUCUUCCUCCCAAGUACGCUGGUACGAUCGUUGAAGUUCUCAAUCUUUUAGCAUCAGCAGAAAACGAGUGUGUCAGAGAACAAAGCAAGCAUCCCUUGAGGGUAUUGAUGGGUUCAGUUAUCUCUAACAAUGUGAAGGAACUUAUGAAAAAUUGUCUGCGCGUAUUACAAAAUCUGCUAGCUGAGCCCAUCCUCGAUUUGAAGACUUUCGAGUUAACAAGUGAUGCAUACCUAUUACGAGUCUUGGUUCAUUUUGCUAUAAUUCUACAAUUGAUCUUUGGAGAUGAAAUUAUCUCGCAUGCUGACUACACACAAUUGUUACAAUCAUAUAUUUCGAGGUUAACACUAUAUGAGCUUUAUGAUCUGAUUCCGAUUUAUAUCUCAUUCAUCCCGGAUGACCAUGAUCUGGUAAAUACAUAUUCCCACCUGCUAUCACAUUAUCAACUUAGUGACUCACAAAGAUUCAAACAGCUCAAAAUUAUGCAACAGCUCAAUCUUCCUUUACAAUCCGUUUUGAGAAACUCGGUUGCAGACUCAUUCGAUUCGACUAAACACCUUUACCAGGCAGAGAAGGAAAUUCGGUUAAACUUUAAAAUUGAAGAAGUUGACCGGAAUCUCUAUAAUACAGCUUACUGGUUCUAUGAUGCGGGCAUGAUUAGUGAUUGCAUAGAGUCUCUCAUCUCCUUGAGCAGGCGUUUUCUUCUGUGUGGAAAAUUGCAAGCCUUUGUUGAAAUGGUCGGUUUCAUUAACUUGUCACAGGUGAUUAAAGAUUACAAAUUCAAUGUCGAGUCAGUUGAUGGCUUCGAAAAACCAGAUCUUGGUAUAUUCCGUGUGCAGGCUUUCAAGCUGAGUGAGCUCUUCCAGUAUCAAGCUCUUGCGGGUAAUUUUCGAGACUUAUGGCAAUUUGAAAAGGAACUGGCCGAGAUGUCGGGCGAUCGCGUCGUAGAAAAAGCCAUUUCCAUUUCAUCUUCGUUAGAGACAUUGGCCAAAACAUUUCUUCUCGAAUUAUCAAAGGAUCCUUUGAUAACGACACAGGAUUUAAGCGUCUAUCAUGAGAUGAGACGCUUAUACAUCCCGACCAUAUUUGACAGGAUGUUUGAUAUGCUGAUGGCCUGUAGGGAACACUCAAGUGAUCUACUUGUUGAGAGAGCAGUCAAAACUAUCAGCAUACUUGGGGCAAGUGAGUUUCACAUUUACGAGAUCUUCCAAAGCUCCAAUGAGCUCAUGCCCUUUCUCAAGAAGUAUGCAAGUUUCAGCAGCGAAAUUCUGUAA